AUGGCACUGCAGGUGCCAGCAGCCAACGACAGAAAGCGUGUCAAAGUCUACGAGUUAAAAGAAAGCGACUGGUUCGAUCGAGGCACCGGUUUCUGUACCGGCCAGCUCGUUAACGAUGAACCUCGUCUCUAUGUUGAAUCCGAGGAUCACCCAGAGCGCAUGCUGCUCGACACGCAGAUUAGCCGCGAGGAUGCUUAUCAGAAACAACAAGACACACUCAUAGUAUGGACGGAACCGAACGGGACUGAUAUGGCGCUGAGUUUUCAAGAAGCUGAAGGCUGUCUCGUGAUCUGGGAGUACCUCAACCAUGUCCAGAAAUCGCUACAAGCAUUGAAUCCAGAUGAUGCGCUCUCUGACGACGCUAUGGAAAGCUUCUCCAACGCGAUAACACUGCCAGAUCCAGAGCUUGGAAAUCUGCCUGAUAUCGAGCAUGUUAUCCGGAUCGCGAGUAGUACACCGGGUGGACGCGAGGCACUCUCAAAGUUCCUUAUAAGAGAAGAUUACGUCGCAAAGAUCAUUCCCUUGGUGGAGACGUCGGAGGACUUGGAAAGCUUGCAGGAUCUACACAAACUGUGCAACGUUAUGAAGUCGUUGAUAUUGUUGAACGACAAUGCGAUCAUUGAGCACUUGGUGACAGACGAGAUCAUAACCGGUGUUGUUGGUGCGCUCGAGUAUGAUCCAGACUUUCCCACUCACAAAGCCAACCAUCGACAAUAUCUAAACGAUACGACGCGCUACAAAGAGGUUGUCCCGAUCAGAGACCAGGUGAUACAAAAGAAGAUUCAUCAUACAUGGAGGUUGCAAUAUCUAAAGGAUGUGGUCCUGGCACGGAUCUUGGACGAUCCAACCUUUUCCGUCCUCAAUUCGAUCAUCUUCUUCCAUCAGGUUGACAUUGUUCAGCACUUGCAAGGCAACGCAAGCUUUUUGAAAGAGCUCUUUGCCGUGUUCGAUGCCCAAAAUCACGACAUCAAGCGAAGAGAGGACGCGGUGCACUUUCUGCAUCAGUGCGCUGCGAUUGCGAAGAAUCUCCAGGCUCCAGCAAGGGCAAACUUGUUCGCCAACUUUAUCAGCCACGGCCUUUUCAACGUCAUUACUUUUGCCAUAAAACACCCCAACCCCUCCAUGAGAACUACUGGUAUCGAUAUUCUUGUUGCGCUCCUUGAUCAUGAUCCGAUGAUGAUGCGGGGAUAUAUGCUUAAAGCUGUUCACGACAAGAAAUCCCCCCUUACCGACACCAUGAUCGAACUCUUGCACGCUGAGACCGACCUCGGUGUCAAGAACCAGCUUGCUGACGCCAUCAAGAUUCUGCUUGACCCUCAGGCCCCUGGACAGGAAACUCCAGGAAAUAGGAAUGGAGGAGAAUUCAUGCCCAAAAUUUCCCGACAGCCUCAAAUUUCACCUUCGCAGGCAGCCAACGAGCAGUUUGCGCAGGACCAUUUCGAUGGGUCAUGCAAAAGGCUUUUCCGCCCCCUACGAGACCUCAAAGACCGAGAGACCAUGCAAGAUUUCACCUAUCAAGAAGUCUCUCUACAUACGCACCUAGUGGAGAUUCUUACGUACUUCGUCCGAUCACAUUCGAUACGUAGUCGCCACUUCGUACUUUCCGAGAAGUUGCCAGCAAGGGUGGCCCAACUCCUCCGAGUAUCACAAAAACCUCUAAAACUCACAGCCCUCAAGUUCUUCCGGACCUGUGUCAGUCUUCAAGACCAGUUCUACGUCAACCAAAUGAUGCAGAAUAGCACGUUCGAUUUCAUCCUCGACAUCGUCAUCGAAACGAUGCCUCGAGAUAACCUGUUGAACUCCGCCUGUCUGGAAAUGUUCGAAUUCAUCAAGCGCGAGAACAUCAAGAACGUUAUCUUACAUGUCGUGGAGAAGUAUCGGGACAAAGUAAAAGACAUUACGUAUGUUGAUACAUUCCAAAAUCUAAUCAAUCGCUAUGAGCAAAUGCAAGGCUAUAACGCAGACAUGGGGCAAACGCUCUUCAGUCAAGACGACGAAUCACCAUCAACCGCGCGAAACCAUAUCAACGGCGGCCACCGAUGGCAAGGUAUCAAAGAAAUGGACUCGGCACAAGAAGAGUACUUCAAUACCUCGGAUGACGACGAAGAAGGAGGUCCCGUGAACCGCGAAGACGUGAAUAGAGUCCGCUCGGAUCGCUUCGAAUAUCAUUCACAUCGGCUUAAAAUGGGAGGUCUCCCGAACGGAAACACAGCGAAAUCUAAUACUGGUGCUAAUACGUCGCCCAUGAGCGGAGGAGGUGGGAAGCCAUUAGUCGACUACCCGGAGGACGAGGAUGACUUUGUAGACGAGAAUAUGGAUGUCAGAUCUAGCUCUGGCUCCGGCUCUGCACCGGUCUUAACACCCCAGACUCCCGGUACACCGGAGAGUAUGACGAGCGAAAAAGAGAACACGAGCCCUGAAAGUAUCAAUAAUAGUAGUAGCAGCAGUGGACAUCGCAGACUCCAGCCCUCCCCCGAUAUCCCAGAAAAGAUUCUCGAGAAGCGGAGAAGAGAAGACGAUGAGGACGAGGAUGACGAGCUGAGUAAGUUGUCGACAGGUAUCAAACGGCGAAACUCCACGAGUAGUCAUUCGAGUACUACCAGUACUGGCACGUCUUCGUUUCCUGGGCUGAGGAGGAAGAAGAGUCUUUUGAGGAAUAAACAGCAACAACAGAGCCAGGGUCAGAGUCAGGGUCACGGUGGCGCAGGGAAGGGAGACGAGCGCUCUUCGACUUCACCAGAUGGUGAGACACACGCCGCUGGUGGUGGUAGUAGUAGUAGUAGUGGGAUGCGGACUGGGACUGGGACAGCAACUGGAAAGAAGAAAAUCGCCAUCUCGCUUAGCUCGACGAUCGCUCUGAAGGGUGAGAAGAUUGAAGACGUGUCAAAAUCGAAGUCGAAUCCUCCUCCUCCUCUCCCAGACAUCGUCGCCGCUGUUGAUGGUGAAGCAGCGACAAAGGAUGAUGGAGGGGAAGGAGGGGGAGGAGGAGGAGAAGAAGAAGAAAAAGAAGAAAAGGGAGCAUCAUGA